CCCCCCCCCCACAGCUCAACAGGGGAUAUCGGCGGCCGUCACCUUAGGAGCGAAAAGGCAGCGAGGCCGCCCAUGGGCAUGAAUCAUCCGGGCAGAGAGAUAGCGAGCCUUAAGCGGUCUUCCGCUGCUGGUGUUGAGUCGCCAGGGAGGCGGAAGGUCCGUCCAAGGCAGAGAAGUGGGUGUGGUAAGGACAGCCCAAAACAGAAAUGCGGCCAGUUGCUUGUUAGUGAGCACUGCGCUGGGACGCCCAUGUAGGCGUCUUGGCUUUGGGAUUUCGUCGCCGAGGUUCGUGUCAGAGAAAAGAAGAAAAAAAGGAAACUGUCCGAGAAAAAGUCGAUAUCAACCUUGACCAGGGAAACCGUCUCCUUUAAGCAAACACAAGAGCAAUGCUCGCUGGCUGCACUGCCCUCGAGGUCAUCUCGCCCUAUGGUGGGCUAUGUAAGGUUGAACACGAGCGCCUGGGUCCGCUGGGUUGACCCCCAGCCGUCUUUGCUGGGCGGCUUGGGGCGGUGCUCACGGUUCACAGGCCAGCAUCGGCCUGUGAGGGCCGUUUCAGGGGCUCCUGUAAGGGUGGUUCAGCUCAAAAUGGGGACUGAGCAUUCACAGGCCAAUCAACGGGAUGCGAACCAGAGCCUCGUCUCUCUCGGGGCCGUUAAUGAUGGCCAUGACCAAGCCGGUGUGUGGCCGUCCAGCGGCUUCAGUUGGGUGGGAACGGAAUUGCACAAAUUUGCGGCGACGAUGUAACAGGGAUCAAUUCAGUAGCCAAAUACGUACAGAGCACCCAAUUCGUAUCCCGUAUUGUUCUCGAUUCCGGGUCUUCAACGAUGGGAUAAAGGUGCAGCAUUUGAC